UGGAGAUUCGGUUCGGUGAAUCAAAAUACUCUGAUCAAAUAUGACUGAAGUAAUAAAACAUGAAUAUUCAUCAAAUAUAUUAUCUGCUGAAGAAAUUGACGAAGCUCCAGAAGAGUUUGGCACUUUUUCAACGUACGAAGAGUUUCAAACAAGAGCAAGUCGACGAAAAGAUGUUGGUAUGGAUGAUCCUUUGAGUGCAAAACUUGGGGAGUUUGACUUAAAUGAUCCUGCAAAUGAAAAUGAAGAACUGCAGGAACAUGAACGUUACAUGUACAUACCUGCUGUGACGAAAGACACUUUAGAGUGUGAAUGGCAGACUUUAUUCGGAUGUGAAAAUUUCAAAAAGGGACUAAAAAAUCUUGCUUAUGAUGGCAGAUUAAGAGAUUGUACUAGAUUUCGUGGAGUAUGUUGGAGGAUCUUUCUAGAGUGUCUUCCUGAGGAUUCAAAUUGUUGGUUAGAUGCAGUUAGUGAGUCAAGAAAAACAUACAAAAACCUUAAGUCCAAGUUGCUCGUUGAUCCAUAUUCUAACGUUUUGAGUAAAGAAAAUGUACAAGUUUUUAAUCCAUUGUCUCAAGAAAGUGAUAGUCCUUGGACUCAAUACUUCGAAGAUAAAAAGUUACAUGAAGUAAUUCAUCAAGACCUUGAUCGGCUAUUUCCUGGAAUGCAUUACUUCCAAUCUAAAAAAAUAAAAGACAUUUUGCUGCAUAUUUUGUUUUGUUAUGCAAGAACGAAUCCUAACGUUGGCUACAAACAAGGAAUGCAUGAAAUAUUGGCUCCUAUCGUGUUUGUAUUGGAAUAUGAUUCGGAAGUAUAUGAAUUUCUGGAUAGUUCGGACAAUAAACUAAUGAAGAAUUUGAUCAACCCCGAGUUCCUCGAAAGUGAUGCAUUCUGUUUAUUUGAGCGUUUGAUGGACGUUAUUGAGCCGUGGUAUGCACGAGGAGACUUACCUUCCAUUCCAUCUAAGCAGACAUUUGAUCCUAGUAUUGUCCCUUUUAUGGAGGAGCAACCGUUAUUACCACCGACUGCUGUCGUGCGAAAACUUAAUCGAAUACAAGAAAAUAUGCUCAAAAAAUAUGAUACGGUUCUUUACAACCAUUUACGAGAUAUGAAUAUUGAACCACAACUUUAUGGCUUACGAUGGGUACGAUUGUUGUAUGGUCGUGAGUUUACUACGAUGGAAGAUAUUUUAACCCUUUGGGAUGGUAUAUUUGCUGAUGGUCUCUCUUUGGAUUUAGUCGACUACGUCUAUUUAUCGUUGGUAUGCAGCAAAAGAAGAAAAUGUAACAACACUUAUUAUUUAUUUUUGUGUGCACUUUAUUAAGAUAUAACCCAUUACAGUAACAGUUGUUAACGGACUAAUGGAGUUGUAUUAACAAUGAAUUACCAACUCACUUUACUGACGCUUUUGUGUUUGAAAUCUUUUUUAUAGUGUUAUCAUCGGAUCAUUUUGGAUGCAUUACUAUAUUGAUGAAAACACCAUAUUGUAGAAAAGAUGCUAAA